AUGUGCAGCUGGCUUGAUUGGAGACUCCCGAUUGGCCUGGGGAUGACCAUGAGCUACUUGUUCCGCGAGCCUGCCACCAUCAACUACCCCAUCGAGAAGGGCCCUCUGUCCCCUAGUGCUGCAUCGCCUGCAAGCUGUGCAUUUCCUGUGGACGCCAUGGUCCAGGGCCCCAACAUUGAGUUCUCAACGGAGACCCACGAGGAGCUACUGUACAACAAGGAGAAGCUGCUCAACAACGGGGACUUGUGGGAGGCUGAGAUAGAGGCCAAUAUACAGGCGAACUUCCUGUACCGAUAG